CUUUACGUUAGGAGCGACCAGAGUUCACUGUUUACACUUCGUAUUUGGCACACGUACAUUGUUUUGUUCUUUGAUUUCGAAUGACAACCAAAUUAGAAUUGGAAAAACAUAAUUUUGUACUUACGUUUUUGUUUUGAAAAUCAACCUUUUUUUCUCACACCACUCAAACACACGCACACGCACAAAUAACAAGUUUCUAAUGAACCUCUUUAAACUCACGCAGAUGAGUCCACGCCCAAACCGAUCAUCCUUGUUUAACGAUUUGACCAUGUUUGAGAGGUUACUCUCUCCCAUCAGCUCUUUUUUUGGUUCUGUAUGCGUUCAGUGUUUAUUAUUUAUGUAUCGAUGACAUGCAGUUCUGGGAAGAUAAACGAGCAAAAAUUGUUCAAAAAAUUAUCAUCCCUUAUCAAAUUGAGUAAUUUUCCAUAGGGUCUUCCAUUCAAAAACAAUCUGACGUUAAUUAUCCAUAGAUAAAACAAAUACUGGGUGAUCGCCACCAUGCAUUGCGGUCACAAGAGGCAUUUUGAAAAUUAAAUUAAGUUCGAUUUUAUUCAAACCGGUAUAUAUGACCUAAGCCUUAUUUGACAUGCGUCAAGAAAUCACGUCUGCACCAAAGUGUGCGCUUCUCUUUUUCUGUUGUUUCUUCACUAAACUGUGAAUUAUUUCUGGGACCCGAAACUUCUAUGAGUCAGCCGCUACCCUAUGGCGCAUGUAGAAGAGAAAGAUUCUAUGGAAAAGUACUUAAUUUGAGUAACACUGUUAAUGUUUUAAAUAAUUCCAUCUUGUUUGAAUUCGAAAAAAACACUGCAGAUGAAUCGUAAACUAUGAAUGCACUGAAUCUGAUAAAACCGUUUUUCAACGAAAGAAAACAUCAGACAUUGUCAAUACCUCAACCAGAGAUGUAUAUCCGGAUCGAGUGGUUCCUGGUCAUUAUUUUGAGCGUGCAAGUUCAAAAUUUCUCCGCUUGUGAUCUGAACCAAACCUGCCUCCACGACAUCGAACAUGACGUGGAAGAAGCGUUUCAUCUUCGCCACAAACGCUGGCUGACCAUGAUCCCGAACGGGGGAGUCUGCCAGAUUGUACUGAGUACGGUGGCACCGGUCCGCUUCGCCCACAAAGUGGUCCGCAGCGUUGGCGUGGCCGUUAACCUGCAGGCCAACUACGCCAUUCCGGGCAGGAUCAUCUGGCCACACGCGGAGAACUUCUUCAAGGAGCGUGUCCUAAGCGAGGAUUACGUGGACAACAGCCGGAAGGAUCUGUACCGGUUGCUGGAACGAAUCUUCCAAUCCUGGGGAGGUGAUGGGCGGGAGUGUCUGCUGAAAACGAUUUGUCAAGUAGCGGAAACCCCGUUGCAGCAUAACGGGUUGAUUGGGGAAAUCCUGGAUGUGGUGUUCACACCACCGGACGAUGACGCAAUGGAUGAAGACUUCAAGAUGGCGAAAUUAAACGGUGCCAGUGGAGGUGAAGAAUGUGCUCAAAUAUACAAUAAGUGUCUUGUUGAACAUGAAUUUCUGAACAGCAUUUCAAUACUCAUUGAUAUUACAAUGUUUAAAUAAAUGUUCUAAUC